CAGUGCUCUUAACUGCUGAGCCAUCUCUCCAGCCCCCAUGUCCUUUAGCAUCUUAUUUUUGACACAGUUCAAAGCAAGCAGUAGGGCUCAGCCCACUCCACUGCCCCAGUCUUGCCAAUAGACAAGAUUAGAUCUGGAGGUAAAAUUGACAUAAAAUAAAAUGAGUAGAUCUUCCUUUACUAGUUGGUAAGUUCUGAGCAGUCAAUACACCUCUUUGUCUGCCGACACCCCUUCAGUCAGACCCUGCCUCUCCAGCCCCCAAAGGCUGCCAUCAUUCUUCUGUCCUUCAACUGUAGACUUGCUGUCUUAUUCUGGGAUGUACUUUUUUUUUUUUAAUUUAAUUUUAUUUUUUUCAAGACUGGGUUUCUCAGUGGCUUUUGGAGCUGGGGUGUACUUUAAAUAUAGGCACAUGGUCUAAGCUCUUUGCUCUAAGCUUUUUGUUACUUGGCAACCUUUGUAUUUGUUAUGUUGCUUCCCCACUAUAGUCACUGUACUUAUAAGACAGUAUUUAGCCUUCUGUUGACGGAUCCCUGCGUUGGUCCCAGUAUGAGGCUAUUUUGAAUGAAUUUCCUGGGAGCAUGCUUAUGCACGUCUUUUGUGGGUGAAUGAUUUUGUCUCGGGUAAAUGCAUCAGACUGGAAUAGCUGGGUUAGAGGUGGGCCUGUACUUUGUCUUAUAAGAAACCUGCAAACUGUCCCAUAGGCUGUGCCCUGUCAGUCUGUGGAUAGUGUAGGGGCUAAAGGUGUCUAUACUCUUGUUAACAUUUGGUGUUACGAGUGCCCUGGAUAGGUUUUUAUGAUCCCUCAGUGCAGUAGAAUUUUUUUUCAUGUGUGCAUGAGCUGUUUAUCUCUCUUAAUGAAGUUUUUGCUCACAAGCUUUGCCCAUGUUUUAGUUUCUAUUUUAUUCUUAUAAAAUUAUGUAUAUUUAAAAAUCUAUUAUUUGUGUAUCUCUGUGUAUGUAUACAGGCAUGUGUAUCACAUGGACAUUGUGGAGUUCAGAAGACAACUUUAAGAAGUCACUUUCCUUCUUUUACCAUGGGUUCCUAAGGUCACACUCAGGUUUUCAGGUGAAUGUGUACGUGCUGGGGAAGACGUUCCUGCUCUUGGCGAGGGAGCUCUGCAUCAACGCACCGGCUAUAGACCCAUGCUUGUACAUUCCACGUUUUGCUCAUCUACUGGAAUUUGGGGAGAAGAACCAUGAAGUAUCCAUGACAGCCCUGAGGCUUCUGCAGAGAAUGAAGAGGGAUUGGAUGCACACAGGGCGGCGCCCCUCUGGCCUCUGUGGAGCAGCACUUUUGGUUGCAGCCAGAAUGCAUGACUUCCGGAGAACCGUCAAAGAAGUCAUCAGUGUGGUCAAAGUAUGUGAGUCCACACUACGGAAGAGGCUCACAGAAUUUGAAGACACUCCAACUAGUCAGCUCACCAUUGAUGAGUUUAUGAAGAUUGACCUGGAAGAGGAAUGUGACCCUCCUUCGUACACAGCUGGACAGAGGAAGCUGCGCAUGAAGCAGCUGGAACAGGUCCUGUCAAAAAAGCUAGAAGAAGUCGAAGGUGAAAUAUCCAGUUACCAGGAUGCUAUUGAAAUUGAGCUAGAAAACAGCCGGCCAAAGGCAAAAGGGGCUCUUGCCAACUUGUCAAAGGAUGGCUCCUGUGAGGACGCCACAUCCAGCCCAUUCUGUGAGGAAGACACGGAGGAUGAAGAGCUGGAGGCUGCUGCCAGCCACAUGAACAAGGACUUUUAUCGAGAGCUCCUGGGGGAUGAUGACAGCUCGGAAGCAGCACAAGGUCCUGAUGGGGGCAGCAGGCCCCUUGCCCUGGAGUCCUUACUUGGCCCAUUGCCCACAGCAGCCAGCCUGGGCAUCUCCGAUUCCAUCCGAGAGUGCAUCUCCUCCCCAAGUGGCGACCCCAAAGACACUUCAGGAGACGGGGAGCUGGACCUCAGUGGCAUCGAUGACCUUGAAAUUGACAGAUACAUCUUGAACGAGUCAGAAGCCCGGGUAAAAGCUGAGUUGUGGAUGCGUGAGAAUGCUGAGUACCUGCGGGAGCAGAGGGAGAAAGAAGCAAGAAUAGCAAAGGAAAAGGAGCUUGGUAUCUAUAAGGAGCACAAGCCCAAGAAGUCUUGCAAACGCCGGGAGCCAAUCCUGGCCAGCACAGCUGGGGAGGCUAUUGAAAAGAUGCUGGAACAGAAGAAAAUCUCCAGCAAGAUCAACUACAGUGUGUUGCGGGACCUUAACAGCAAGGGUGGGGGCAGCCCAUCCAGAGAGGACUCACAGCCCCCAGAGCGUGCCAGCACCAAGAAGUUGUCACGAAGGAAAAGAACAGCUAGCAGGAGUAGUGCUGACCCUGGGACAAGCAUGGGGAAGAGGUUGAGGCCUCUGGUGUCUACACAGCCAGCUAAGAAGGCAGCUGUGGGAGAGGCCUUGCUUUUAAGUUCCCCUGCCCUGGGAACUGAACCAAUCAAGCCAUCAGCUGUCUUGGUGGAGAGUGGCCCUGUGUCCUACCAUCCUGACGAGGAUGCAGAUGAGGAGGACGCUGAAGAAGAGGAUGGAGAGCCUUGCGUCAGUGCUCUGCAGAUGAUGGGUGGCAAUGAUUACGGCUGUGAUGGUGACGAGGAUGAUGGCUACUAAGUAGAACUCAAGGCAGCAUCCUGGUGCUGGACUCCAAGUGUAUCUGUGGGGGUCAGAUGGGCCCUGGGGCACGGCUCACAGGCAUGAUUUCUGGACUCAACCAGUCAAGCACUGCCCCACUUGAUUUGAAGCUCUCUUUCCAUGGCCACAUUGGGGGCCCCAUCAUACUGUUGGGAAUCAUGUUUUGAGCAAUGUAAGGAAUAUUUUUGCCCAACAAGGGAAACCAGCUGUGUGUUUAUGUGUAAUGAAACAUGGUCAGAGAACAGCCUGGUCAUGCUUUUACCCUACUAGUCAGUGAUUCUCCAGAAAUCCUCAAGCAGGCUCUGUGUGUUCCUGUCAUAAGGAGAUCAAAACACAAAGGGGCUUUACUUAGGAAGUAGAACCUUGGUCUUAGCUUGCUGCCAGUGUUCUGCCCCCCCUUCACACCCUGGACGGAUAGGUGUUGGGCAGAAGAUGUGUGGCAGUUACUGCUGUAUGGUUAGCAGCCAUAGUCUGGAGCCCCUGCCUUUUACUGCAGCCGCAGCUUCCUGUGGAGGCGGACAUGAGCUCUGCCAUCUCUGAAGUUCGUUCACUGUCUGGAGCCACCAGGAGCAUUACAGGCCUCAGCCUUUCACAUAGGACUCAUCAAGUUCAUCAGCAGCGCUCAGAAAGUGGAAACCUGGAGACCAUAUGCAUUUGCUAAUGUCCAGCACAACCUAUGUGGAGUUCUGUCAAGAAUGCCCGCAAGCUGUUUCCUCACGAGAAAGCUCAGGACUAUAUCUUCAGUGCACUUAACUCGGAUCUCCCUUUCCUAGGUGCAGCCCUGGAUGUGAGUCCCUGGGCGGAGUACUGGUCUCUGUUUCAAAUCAAGAGGUGGGGACCAGGCUUGAGAUGAUGAGGUGUGGGGGUGCUGCUGAUGAAAGUAAAUGGGUGGGACAGAUAUGGAGUGGUUUUGGUGAGAAGAUCGCAAAAUACUUUUGGAUUUUGGAGUAUGGAAUUAUGGAAUCAAGGAUCCUUCCUAGGGUGGGGGUCAACUUCACAGGAGUGAGGUCCAAACCAUGGUAGGGAGCCAUGACACUGGUCCAGAGUAUUUUUAGGAUGAUUGUAUACUUACAUGUGACAGGAUUUAUCUAUGGCAUGGAGAGAGUACAGGGAUGAGGGGUGGCUGUUAAGGACUGCAGGAAUAGGGCUGGGGAGUGGCUCGGAGGUUAAGAGCACUGGCUGCUCUUCCAGAGGUCCUGAGUUCAAUUCCAGC